AUGGUUUCUGACAUGACUCGUCUCACUCUUGCUCCAGAUGAAGAGUGUGUACAGCAGGGGAUAGAAUUCGUUCCAGCCAGACUCAAACAGAAGAAGCCCAGAGACAACGGAGGAGAAGAUGUCGGUCGGGGGAGGGCCUCAAAACAAGGGCGCGGCACGUGGGAUCCGUCGUCCAGUGACGAGGAUCACAGUGACUCCGAGGACAGCAUGAGUGACCUCUAUCCUACAUCUAUAUUCACCUUAAAAAACCCGGCAGAAGAAGACAUGGAGGGUGACGGGAAUGAGGAGGGAGACGACUUCCAAACAGAUGAAGACGAGGGAAUGGAGGUGGACAAGCAGGAGGUGCAGAAACGCAAYAAGGUCCAGGGUGGAGAUUUUCAGAAGAAAUUUAGAAAUAAUCAAUGGAAAUCAGGGAAAAAGAAACACGGGAACGUGCGGAAUGCAAAGUGAAAAUGUAAAACCAUAAGUGCACAGUAUUUCUUACCUGGUUUUUUGUCUGGCAGCAGCACCUAGAACCUGCUGGAUGUAGUAUUCCUGUCAGAGCCAGCCUGAUAUUUACAUUUGUACACUGUGAUCUUGCACAGUUUCAGUGAGGCAGGUUUACAUGUCAUGUUAAGUGUGUUUGUGGAAGAUAACAGAUCUGUGGGACUUCUGUCCCUUGGUUCACAAGCAACAACACUGGCAUAAAAUACAAAAUGUUUGGACUUGCAAA